UCUUCUUCUUCUUACAUGCGAUGCAUGAUUCAGCCAGUCGGAAUAUAAGUGUUGGUCGUUUAAGUUCACGCCGUCGAGGAAAGCAAGUUCUGCACAUGUACAAUAUGAAGAUGAAGUUGAUGAUGAGGAUACUAUUACUCUGCUUCCUCAGCUGCUUCUGGUUUCAGCUGUCCUUUGCUCAAAAUCCUAUCACUGAUCCGUCUGAAGUGAGGGCGUUGAACUCAAUAUUUGAACAAUGGGACACACAAGCAGUGCCGGGGCUGUGGAAUAUCAGUGGAGAACCCUGCAGUGGAUCUGCCAUCAACGGCACCGCCAUUUCUAGCCCCGAUAUCAACCCAGCCAUCGUUUGCAACUGUUCUUACGACAAUAAUGCUACAUGCCACAUCACCCAACUGAAAGUGUAUUCUCUUAACAAACGAGGGGUGUUUCCAGAAGAAUUUGGGGCUCUGAGAUAUCUCACAUUUUUGUGGAUCAAUCAGAAUUAUUUCACCGGUCCCCUACCAGCGGUCAUUGGCAAUAUGUCUGCAUUGAUUGUAUUGUCAAUUAGAAUCAAUUCAUUCUCUGGGCCCAUCCCCAAGGAGCUUGGAAACCUUAAGGAGCUAACUAUGCUGAGCAUCGGAACAAAUAAUUUUUCCGGAACACUCCCUGCAGAACUUGGUAAUUUAGUCAAGCUCGAGCAACUCUACGUAGACAGCUGUGGACUCAGUGGUGAAAUUCCUUCAACAUUUGCCAAGCUCACCAACAUGCAAGUCGUCUGGGCAUCGGACAAUCCUUUCUCAGGAAAGAUACCUGAUUUCAUAGGGAAUUGGACACAACUCUAUCAUUUGGAAUUUCAAGGCAACUCUUUCGAAGGCCCAAUACCAACCAGCUUUUCUCAACUGACCUCAUUGAACUAUCUGCUAAUCAGUGAUAUAUACAAUGGGAGCUCCUCUCUUGAUUUCAUAAAAAAUCUGAAAAACUUGACUGAAUUAGGACUACGAAACGCAUUAAUCACUGGUACCAUCCCUUCUGAUAUUGGAGAAUAUCAAAGUCUAAGGACACUGGAUCUGAGUUUCAACAAUUUGACAGGCCAACUCCCAAGUUUUUUGUUCAACAUGCGUUCUCUUACAUCCUUGUUUCUUGGAAACAAUAGUCUCUCCGGACCUCUUCCGAGCCGAAAGAGCAAUCAACUUCAGACUAUAGAUUUGUCUUACAAUUUUUUAUCAGGAAGCUUUCCCCAGUGGGUGACCACAAUACCACAACUGAACUUAGUGGUCAACAACUUCACAUUUGACAGUUCAAACAUAACUUUUCCUGGAUUGAAUUGCCUCCAGAGAAAUUUUCCAUGCAAUCGAAAUACCCCACGAUAUGCAAACUUCUCAAUCAACUGUGGUGGACCGCAAAUGAUGGGACGUGAUCACAUAUUGUAUGAGACUGAAGACUCAGCUCUUGGCCCAGCAACAUUCAGUGUAACCAGUACAGAGAAAUGGGCUGUCAGCAAUGCCGGUUUGUUUUUUGAAACAGAGAACCCACCGUUUCUGGUUAAUACCGUUGCACAAGUCACCGGAACAGAUGUGACCCCGGAGCUUUUCCAAACUUCAAGAGUGUCCCCAGGAUCACUGAGAUACUAUGGCCUGGGCCUUGAGAAUGGGCCCUACACUGUAACAUUGCACUUUGCAGAGACGGUUUAUGAAAGUCGCACUUCGCAAACUUGGCAAAGUCUAGGACGGCGUGUAUUUGAUAUCCAUAUUCAGGGUACCCGCAGGAUGAAGGACUUUGACAUAUUGAAGGAGGCAGGUGGUGUUAAGCGAGCAGUUGCGAGAAAAUUUAAUGUUAGUGUGUCAGAGAAUUAUCUUGAAAUUCAUUUGUUCUGGGCUGGUAAAGGGACUUGUUGCAUACCCGAUUAUGGCGAUUUCAGCGAUUCCAGCGAUUACACCAAUUACGGCGAUUACGGCCCACUAAUAGGAGCUCUCCAUGCUGCUUCAGAUUUUACACCAAUAGUUUCCGGGCUUCCACCAACAACUCCAGGAAAGAAGAGCAAGACUGGGUUGAUAGUCGAUAUUGAUGUUCCUCCUGGAGUUGUGAGCUUGCUAUUAAUAUUUGCAAUUCUAUAUAUAAGGAGGAAAAAACCAGAAAAAGAAGAUGAUGAAGAUAUUCUAGGAUUAGGCCCCCGGCCAUAUACUUUCAGUUAUGCUGAAUUGAGAGCUGCAACUGAAUAUUUUAAUCCUUCAAAUAAGCUAGGAGAGGGAGGAUAUGGCCCCGUUUAUAAGGUGAAAUCUAAUGAAUUCUAGUUAUUCAGUCUAAAAUAUUUCAAUUCAAGUAGUUUGU